AGAGAGCGCUAUUCGAUACGAAUGUGAUGGCGGAGAACGGGAGCUGCGAUAGCAGCUGCGGAGUCGUCGUUGUUCCAGAAGCGGGGGCGGGGGUGCCGCCGCGGCCCACCGUAAGCCUCCCUCCCCGCCCCUCCCUCGAGAGCCUCUUCCAAGGCGGCGGCAGCGGCUGGGGCGCGUGGGAGGCGAGCCCUGGCCCGCUGACGCUGGUGUCGAGCUUCUUCGCUGACGACUCCGAGUCGGAGUGCCGAUCCUUCACCCAGCUUCUCGCUGGCGCGAUGAAUUCUCCGGUGGCGGCGGCGGCGGUGAGGAUGACAGCGGGCUCCGCGGGGGAGCAGGGGAAGGAUGCGGAGAAGCGCUUCAGCGGUGACGAAGCGGAGAGUGGUAGUGGGUUUGUCCGGUCGGGGCAGAAUCGACCGCCGAGCCUGGCUAUUAGCCAGCCGCAGGUGUUCGCCGUGCCGCCCGGGUUGAGCCCUGCCAACUUGCUCGACUUUCCUGCCUUCUUUUCACCCGGCCAGGGAAAUUUUGCAAUGUCCCACCAAAAAGCCCUUGCUCAAGUCACAGCCCAGGCUGCAGAGUCUCCUUUUAGAUUGCUGAAUCAGACACAACUCCCAUCACCUUCCCUAGCAUCAACAGCAACCACCUCGUCACAGCAACCGAUCCAGGAGAUUCCUACUCUUAAACCAAGUUAUAUUGCAGUAGAAUCUGCAGAAGGUUCCCAAUCUGAUAAAAAAUCUCAGCCUCAUACCACCAUUGUAGAUAAAUCUGCUCAGGAUGGCUACAGUUGGCGGAAGUAUGGUCAGAAGGUCGUGAAAGGGAGUAAUUAUCCUAGGAGCUACUACAAAUGCACCCAUCCAAAAUGUCCAGUUAAGAAAAAGGUAGAACGCUCUGUAGAUGGUCAAGUAACCGAGAUAAUCUACAAGGGCCAACAUAAUCAUCAACGUCCUACACCAAAUAAACGCACCAAAGUAGAUAGUAAUUUGCCCUGUGGACUGGAUGAGACGAAUGGGGACCAUGGCAAUCUUGAACCAGGCUUUCUGGGUUGUCAUGGGAAUCUCAGAAAACUGAACAACAUAACUGCUGCUCCAGCUUCUGGAAGGGAUCAAGAAUCUAAUUAUGGGACACUUGAACAAGUAUCUGGGUCAAGUGACAGUGAAGAAGCGGCCGCAAUUAGGAUAGACGAGGGAGAUGACAAUGAGCAUGAUGCCAAAAGAAGGAACAUAGCAGCAUCUUCUCAAAGGACAUUGACUGAGCCUAGGAUCAUUGUCCAGACAACAAGUGAGGUUGAUCUUUUGGAUGAUGGCUAUAGAUGGCGCAAAUAUGGGCAAAAAACAGUGAAAGGGAAUCCUCAUCCAAGGAGCUAUUAUAAGUGCACUUAUGCAGGAUGCCGUGUCAGGAAACAUAUCGAGAGAUCUCCAACAGAUCCCGAGUCUGUAAUAACAUCAUACGAGGGAAAACAUAACCAUGAUGUUCCAGCUGCUAGAAAUAGCAGCCAUAGCAGAGUGACUACUGUUUCCCUUACAUCUGCAGACAUCAAAGCCUACGAUCAGACCCCGGUUGCAGUUCUCCAAUUAAAAGAAGAACAUCAAGUCACCUAGAUCCUUUAAGGUUCUGCUGUUUUGAUCUUCGAGUACUGGAGCAAAGCUGGGCUUGAAAAUGAGUUCUUAUAGCCCAUAGUUUUUUGUUGUUAUGUGCUAUUUAUGUAUUUGCAUGUAACCAUUGAUGAUUAUUGUUCGUUUGUAAUGUUCCUUUUCACUCCUUAUGCCAUUGACGCUCACUGUUGUUGUUGUUGUAUAUUAUUUGUACAACAUCAAGUGACACAAAUGGUUGUUUAUA